CACAAGCAUGUCUGUGGGGAUUGCAAGAAGAACUUCUGUGGCCGCUGCUCAGUGGAGGCCGAGGCCCGCCAGCCCCGUCUCUGCUGGACCUGUCGGCGGUUUCACGGCACCCUCUUCAACCGCACACAGCUGAUGAGGCUCAAGGUGCGGGAGCUCCGGGACUACCUCCACCUGCACGAGGUGCGGACGGACAGAUGCCGUGAGAAGGAGGAGCUGGUUGAGCUGGUCCUGGACCAGCAGGCCCUGGGCGGCAGCGGCGGCACUGCCGCCGCCAGCAGCGGUUGUAGCGCAGCGCCCAACGGCGCUACAAACGGAGCCGCACCCCAGACCCAGCACACGGCUCCUUCGUCCUCAGACGACAACGACGAAGAGGAUGACGAUGACGACGAUGAGGACGACGACGGCGGCGACGACGAUGAGGACGAUGAGGACGACGACGACGGCGGCGACGACGCCGAUGGCGGCGGCGGCGCCGACGACGACGACGAAGAGGAGGAUGAUGAGGAGGGUGAAGAGGAGGAUGAGGGGGAUGAGAAUGCUGAUGAAGGGGAGGCAGAUGGUGGUGAUGAAAGUGAAAGGGUGGCUGAAGAAGAUGCCGGUGAUAACAAUGUAAGGGAGGCUCAGGUGGAGGAGAACAACGAGAGAGAAGUGGCAGAGGAGGAGGAGGAGGAGGAAGACGACGAUGAGGAAGAGGAGGCAGGGGAGGACGAAGAGGAAGUUGAAGAGAACAUUGAGACGUGGGACCCUGAAGUGGCCGUGCCCGCGGAGGCCCGGACCGCCUCCCUCUCUGACCUGAGCUGUGUGGAAGACAUCGAGGGUCUCGGCGUCCGUCAGCUCAAGGAAAUCCUGUCGCGCAACUUUGUCAACUUCAUGGGCUGCUGUGAGAAGUGGGAGCUGAUGGAGCGCGUCACCCGCCUCUACAACGAAGUCCGCAAUGAAGAGUCAGCCGCAGCCACCAAGCCGGACGAGGAACUGUGCCGGAUCUGCAUGGACUACCCCGUGGACUGUGUGCUGCUGGAGUGCGGACACAUGGUCACCUGCAGCAGGUGUGGCAAGCGCAUGAGCGAGUGUCCCAUCUGCAGGCAGUACAUCGUCAGGGUGGUCCACGUCUUCAGGUCCUGAAGACAGAGAACACAACAGAACCACUUCCUCAGACACCACAGUAGAUGGUGUCCAAUAACUCAGAGAUGUUAUUUAUGUUGUUUUUUUUGUUUACUCAUUAGUUUGUUCAUUAAUAGGCAGAUACAAUUGAUCUUUUAUUACAAUUUUGUAUUUAUUUAUUUAUUUUCUAUCGUAUAAUAACUAAUCUUAAAUGUAAUUUACCAAUAUGUUGUUUCCUUAAUCUUGGAUGGUAUGUCCUUGUAUGUUACCUAUGUUUUUUUAGAUUAAUGAUAGAAUAAGCAAUCCACAGUACUAGUAAGAAUGUUUAUAAUGUAGACACUUUACCAGGUAUUAUUGUAUUUGUGUAUAUUUGUAUCUGUAAACAUCAACAUAUCAAACAAAUGGUGCAGGCACAGUUAUAAUGUCCAGAACACUGGAACGUUAUGUAUGUUAUAACCCUGAUAUUUCGUAAGUUUUCUUUUCUUUUUUUUUCUUUUUUUACAGAAUCCUCUUAUUUUUUUUCAUGGAUUCAGGAUUCCCCAAAUAACGGGAAGGAGGGCACUGCAGCUCAUAAUAAAAAAAUUAAAAAAAGUUAAAUUCUGGCGCAAAUUGAACCCAUGGUCUUUUUCGGCUUGAAAACACAUGAAAUAAGCCCUCCAGACACUUUUUUCCUUUGAUUAACAAGUACAGAGCUUUCCCGGACCAAUGAAAGAAAGUGUCUGUAGGGCUUAUUUCAUGUGUUUUCAUGCCGAAAAAUACCCUUGGUUCAAUUUUCGCCGGAAUUACACUUUAAGUAAUCUUUUGCACAUUUAUGAACAAAUAAAACGUGUACUUUACUAUACAAUGACUAGCAAACUAAUAAACUUACUAGCCAACUCACUAA